AUGACAUCUCUUAUCUUGUUCCCUCCUGCAUCUCCCGUCAAGUUCUUUUCACUUCCCGGCAGCACUAUGAACAUCGGUGAAGGUGCAUUCAUGAGCUGCAUCAAUCUUAUCACCAUCACAAUUCCUAAUGACAGUGUUCAACAGAUCUCACAGAACGCUUUUGAAGGAUGUCGGAAUCUGAAACUUAUCACCAUUCCAUCAUGCGUUCUUUCAGUUGGACGAGAUGCAUUCAAAGACUGCGAACAUCUUUCAUGUGGUUGUGAGAUUGAGAACCGAAACAAACAAUUCAUCACAGAACUUAUCACCAGUAGCAAACUUCCACGACGCUGCACUUAUGACUGUUCUUCUCUAUGUUCUGCUUUUGUAGUAUUAUAA